GUGCCUGCGGGGCUGCCGGGGCUUGGUGUCCCCGGGGUCGCACUCCCGGGGUUCCACUCCCAGGGUUGCGCUUCCGAGGUCAGGGUCGGGGUCAGGCCUCCAGCGCCUAGGGCAGCGCCAUGGGUCCACCCAGCCGGAAGUCCGCUCCUCAGACCCGGUGUGGGCGGGGACCCGGCGCAGUGCUGCGGAGCUGGUCUCUAAAGAGGGCUUCUCUACCUGGGCGCUGAGCUUCUGAAGGCUUCUUGUGGUGGGGGCUGUUUCUGUAUCCGAGGCUCGUUAGCAGCAUCCCUUGCCUCUACCUGCUACGUGCCUCUCGCACCUCUUCUCCAUUUAUGGCAACCAAAAAUGUCCUCUGGGGAGCAACAUCGCCCAGUUGAGAACCACCGCCCUAGCAGAGGCCCUUGUGUGGAGAGGACCAUAGAUUUACCCCAAAAACUACUCGGUGAACCUUUGUCAUCUGGCAUUUUACUGUUCCAGUGGGCCACGACUGUGCUUCCGUCGUCCUUUGAUGUCCUGAAAACUGGUUUUUUAAAAUGGAAGCCAGAUUAUGACAGUGCCGCUUCUGAAUAUGGAAAAGCAGCUGUUGCUUUUAAAAAUGCCAAACAGUUUGAGCAAGCAAAAGAUGCCUGCCUGAGGGAAGCUGUUGCCCAUGAAAAUAAUAGGGCUCUUUUUCAUGCUGCCAAAGCUUAUGAGCAAGCUGGAAUGAUGUUGAAGGAGAUGCAGAAACUACCAGAAGCUGUUCAGCUAAUUGAGAAAGCCAGCAUGAUGUAUCUAGAAAAUGGCACCCCAGACACAGCAGCCAUGGCUUUGGAGCGAGCUGGAAAGCUUAUAGAAAAUGUUGAUCCAGAGAAGGCUGUACAGUUAUAUCAACAGACAGCUAAUGUGUUUGAAAAUGAGGAACGCUUACGACAGGCAGUUGAAUUAUUAGGAAAAGCCUCCAGACUAUUAGUACGAGGACGUAGGUUUGAUGAGGCGGCACUCUCUAUUCAGAAAGAAAAAAAUAUUUAUAAGGAAAUUGAGAAUUAUCCAACUUGUUAUAAGAAAACAAUUGCUCAAGUCUUAGUUCAUCUACACAGAAAUGACUAUGUAGCUGCCGAAAGAUGUGUUCGGGAGAGCUAUAGCAUCCCCGGGUUUAAUGGCAGUGAAGACUGUGCUGCGCUGGAACAGCUUCUUGAAGGUUAUGACCAGCAAGACCAAGAUCAAGUGUCAGACGUCUGCAACUCGCCGCUUUUCAAGUACAUGGACAAUGAUUAUGCUAAGCUGGGCCUGAGUUUGGUGGUUCCAGGAGGGGGAAUCAAGAAGAAAUCACCUGCGACACCACAGGCCAAGCCUGAUGGCGUCACUGCCACAGCUGCUGAUGAAGAGGAAGACGAAUACUCAGGAGGACUAUGCUAGUAUUUUGCUUGCUGAAAAGAAAAGGAAAAUAAAGGGGAAAUCCUGACAUGCAUAUUUCAAGGACUUGGGUCUAGAUUAGGGAUAGCUGUACUUCAUUACAGUCGUGAUUUUAGAUCCUAAUAAAAACUAGUUUUUAGUUACCAUCUUCCCAAAUCAGUCAUAUCCUUUAUCUGUGAAGCAUAUCUUUUUCUUUCCAUAAGAGCUUUCUUAAGACACCAGCAGGAAUUAACAGAAAAUCUACUGUCAUGUUUUAAUACAGUUGAUUAAAAAAUUUACAAGCCAAAUUAUACAUAAAUUAUGUUCUAAACAAAAGGGGUGAUAAGCAUAGGUAUUCUUCUCUUUUAGACAGUUGUAAGUUACUGUUAGUGAAUUGUGUUUUACAUUUUAUUUAAUAAUUGCUGCUAAAAGUGAUGUUUACUGGUAAAAUUAUUUUAAAAUUUGUUUUGUUUGGAAAAGGAAAUUUAUCCCCUAUGAUGUUAGAUACAUUUAAAUUAUUAAGUCUUUUCAGAGAUGAGAUGGGAACAGGAAGUUAUUUUGAGCCUUACAAUAUUAUUUAGCCCAAUUAAAGGUGCACUGAAGCUCUUAAUAUAUGAGUUUGAAAAAUUUUGAAGGUAGCAUAUUAAAGUGAUUCUAUAAAUAUCUUCAGUCCUCUCUGAAGUGUAGGUAUUUUUUCCUUCUAAAAAAUAUAUAGUGACUGUCUUCAUAUCUACUUGGCUCUUAACCAAAUAGGAGCUGAUAGCUGAUGAAUACCAUUUUUUUUUUUUUUUUUUGAGACGGAGUUUCCCUCUUGUUACCCAGGCUGGAGUGCAAUGGCGCGAUCUUGGCUCACCGCAACCUCUGCCUCCUGGGUUCAGGCAAUUCUCCUGCCUCAGCCUCCUAAGUAGCUGGGAUUACAGGCACGCGCCACCAUGCCCAGCUAAUUUUUUGUAUUUUUAGUAGAGACGGGGUUUCACCGUGUUGACCAGGAUGGUCUUAAUCUCUUGACCUCGUGAUUCACCCGCCUUGGCCUCCCAAAGUGCUGGGAUUACAGGCGUGAGCCACCACGCCCAGACCCCCCCCCUUUUUUUUUUUUUUUUUUUUAAGACACAGUCUCAUUCUGUUGUCCUGGCUGGAGUGCAGUGGGAUAAUCACAGCUCCCUGCAGCCUCUCCUGGUCUCAGGUGAUUCUGCCACCUCAGUCCUGAGUAACUGGGACUAUAGCAGAUAGCUGGGACUACAGGCGUGCACCACCAUGCCAGAGUAAUUUUUUUUUUUGGUAUAUUUUGUGGAGAUGGGGUUUCUCCAUGUUGCAUAGGCUGUCCUCAGGCUCCUAAGCUCAGGCCAUCUGCUGCCUCGGCUUCCCAGAGUGCUGGGAUUGUAGGCAUAAGCCACCUCUCCUGGCCUGCAAAUAUCUUUUUUAUGCAUUGUAAGAACCAGGUAAUGUUUCCAUCAACCUAGUACAGCUACAUUUCUUUUCUCCAGAAUAAAUUGGUUUAUUUUGAUUUUAACUCCUUCGUAACUUGAUAUGGAAAAUGCUAUAUAACUAUGAAAAUUUAGCUGAAAGGGAAGAAUCGUUUUAGAAAGACAUGUAUUUAAAACACUGCACUGCCAAUAUAUUGAUCCUUUAUAGUUAUUUCCUAAAAUGCUGAUUUUGAAACAUUCCUUUUUUACCCUAUGUGGCUUAGACCCAUCUCAUAAUCUGUUAAUUGGAAAGAGGCUGCAGACACCAGCAUUGUGCAUUCUGCAGGUACAUGCUACUUAUUCAUGCCCUGUCUAUAUCUCUUUUAGAGUCAUACCUUAAAUUUUGAGUAUAGGAUGCUUAAUUUUGCUAGACUUUCUAAAAACAGGGAGUAUCAGAAGUGAUUUUAGUCGCAGCUAGUUCUGUAGGAGAGCUUAGACAGAAUAACAUUUUUCUUUGGGAGGUGGUCUUGGGUACGUGGAUGUUGGUAUACAGUUUUUUAUUGUAGGUCUGAUAUAAAACUCUAAUGAAUUUAAUGUUUUUCUUCCUUAAUUUAUUGGCAUAGUUCUUCAAGUAGCAGCUCAUUUUUAUUAAUGAUACUGGAAUUAACUAUGAACAAGCUAUAUUUAGACAUUUGCAUUUAAGGACAUUGCAGUGUUUCAGAAAAUCCAUCAUUGCUGCUUGUAUUCUUUACUUUAGAUCCAGUCAGAAAAUUCUGGAGUCUUACAUUAAUGCUCAUUUGAGCUAAUUAAUAAUCUGUUUAAACAGAUUUGGCAAUACUUUAAAGAUGUUUUAGACUAUUUGUUUAUUGAUCUUAUUACCCAUUAAAGUCUUGGGGAAGAAUUUUUUUAGUUUUACUCUUGUGUACCGAAAACUUUUUUUUUUUAAAGAAAGGUGAUGAUGAAGUGUAUUCUGUAGCAGCAGCGCAGCUGGCCUUUAAAUCACACAAAAGGCCGUUUCCAAGUACAGCCUCCUUAACCCUUCUUGCCCAUGGUUAAGAUUGAAUAACUAGGACUUGAGGAUAUUCUUUGUUGUCAGGGUUAUUCUAUGUGGUGAAGAAUAUUUGUUUCACAUUUAAACAUUUUCUUUUUCUAUUCACGUUAAGUUUCUGUUUUGAGAAUGUAGUCAGAAGUAUAAAACUUGGUGUUUACAAGAAAAAUCGUCUUCCAGAACUCCACUGUCAUCACUUUCACCAAAGUGGAAGUCUGCAUGAAUAUGCUCAGAAUUUAAUAUUCAUCGUUCUGUUACAUUGUAAAUGAAGUCCAGCUACAAAAUAGACUUAAUAUAUUGAAUUUAUUUGUACAUAUGCAGAGUAUGGUAUUUGUGUAUGAAAUCUGCUUUAUUCCUAUUUUUUUCAGCUCUGAUGAGUAGAAUAUUAAAUGUGUUAUUAUGGAAAUACAGAUUAUUGCUUCUAUAGGAAGAUAAUUAUGAAAAUAAAACCUGAAACUAUAUAAAUAUGA